CUCAGGCCCGGCUCCUUCUUCCCCUCAGGGCCGUGGUCCCCCCACUUCAGGGCCGGGGUACCCCCUUCCCCGCUCCUUACUUCCCGUCGCUGGGGUCGGCCCCGUUCCCUGAUCCCCCCAGGGUCAAGGGCUGGCCCUGGUGUGACUCUCAUCUCUCUCCCGGCCCUGGGGUCGUCCUGAAGUCCGGUGUGUUCCUCCUCCCCCAGUAGGAAGUGACCAGGCUGUGGGGCACCCAGGUGCCAUUUCCCGGCGCUGCUCGCAGCGGGCUCUUUUCUCCGGCUCGUUUCAGUUCCUCAUGCCAGCCUGACUGCCAUGCCUGGGCAUUGACACUUGGGGGUACAGCUGUUUAAAAUGGCAGAGAGAGGUGGAAAUGAAGGAGUAAUUAACUUUAACAACUUCCGUAGUCACAGAGGGAAAGACUGGAUAAACCGCAGGGACGAAGGUCUUAUCACGAUAUCGGACUCCUCGGAUGAAGAGCUACCUCUGUUGCGGGAAGCGCCAGCGGAGCCGCAGCGGGAGGAGGAGGAUGAUGAUGUUGUCAUCUUGGCAGAGACCCCAAAGAAUCAGCAGCUUCUGCGUCCCAAUGUCAUCAGACCUGCUGCUCAGUGGCAGGCUGCAAACACAGUGGGAGAGGGAGGAUCUAAAAGUGCUGUCGAGCCUUUGAGGAGCAUAUAUCUGCAAGAUGAGAUCUCAGUUGUGCUUUGCCAGGGAGACCAGUAUAAUCAUGUGGUGGAGAGCAGUGCUGGACCAAGCAGAGAUGAGAAUGUGAACUUUGUCUUGCUGCAGCCUGGACCAUCUGAGCUUAAUGGCCCCAGGUUUGAAUCUAGAAGUAAUCCAGAGCCUGGGCCAAGUUUGCUUCCAGCAAUAAAGAUCAGUCCUCAGCCUGUUAACAAAGAAGUCAUUAUUGUGGAGAAAGCAGACCUUCCUCCAGAACAGGAAGAAAAGGUGGAGGACUUGGAGCCAGAACAAAACCUCAGAGGAACAACUGCUGCAGCUACCAGAGAGCAGGAAAUCCAGGAGAACACCCAGCUCGGUCACCCAUACUUCCAGCUGUUGGAAGGUGAGCCACAUGCUGCAGUAAGUGGUUGUGCUCCUCAGCAAGGGCAGCCUGAAGCAGACUCAGGAUCUUUGAGGGCACGUGCAGAAGAAGCUCCUGGGCCAGCCUUUCCCCGACCUGAACCACAGCAGGAUGGGAUUCCAGGUCCCACUUCCCCCCAGCCAGCGCAUCCACCAGAAGAAAAGGGUCAGGAGGCAGUGACAGACAAUGAGCAGCCAGGUCCAGCAUUCCCUGCACAGGGCUCUCAUGAACUUGCCUCUAGUAAUGUACCAGAACAAGGAGCUGCUGGGCAGGACCAGGACCUCACUGCACUGCUCAUCAGAGAGACGGAAGCAAGGUUCCCAGAUGUGAAGAAGGAGUAUAUUGAAGAGCUAAUCAGCAUCAAGAACUGCUAUGACUUAAAUGUGCUUUGUAACUUCCUUCUGGAAAAUCCAGAUUACCCAAAGAAGGAAGGCAGAGUGGUUUUAAAUCCCAGCAGCAGCCUGCUUGCCAGCCAAGAUGAGACAAAGGUGCCUAAAGUGGACUACUUUGACUUCUCCAAGCUCACCCCACUUGACCAGCGGUGCUUUAUCCAGGCAGCUGAUCUCCUCAUGGCAGACUUCAAAAUGCUGAGCAGCCAAGACAUUAAGUGGGCUCUACAUGAACUCAAGGGACACUAUGCAAUCACACGAAAGGCCUUCUCAGAUGCUAUCAAGAAAUGGCAGGAGCUAUCUCCUGAGACCAGUGGGAAGCGAAAAAGGAGGAAAGAAAUGAAUCAGUAUUCAUAUAUAGACUUCAUAUUUGAGCAAGGGGAUGUCAAAAUUGAGAAACGUAUGUUCUUCCUGGAGAAUAAGAGGCGUCACUGGAGGUCCUAUGACAAGCUUUCUCUUCUCCCACCGGUGCUACUGGAGCAGGAAUUCUAUGAGCAGAAAGUUAAAGAGAUGGCAGAGCACGCAGACUUUCUCCUUGCUCUGCAGAUGAAUGAGGAGCAGUAUCAGAAGGAUGGUCAGAUGAUCGAGUGCCGCUGCUGUUACGGGGAGUUUGCGUUUGAAGAGCUAACUCAGUGUGCAGAUGGUCACUUAUUCUGCAAGGAGUGCCUAAUUAAAUAUGCUCAGGAGGCAGUCUUUGGCUCUGGGAAGUCAGAGCUCAGCUGCAUGGAAGGCAGUUGCACGUGUUCAUUCCCCACCAGUGAGCUGGAGAAGGUGCUUCCAGAGAACAUCCUCUGUAAAUACUAUGAGCGGAAAGCUGAGGAGGAGGUGGCUGCUGCCUGUGCAGAUGAGCUUGUCAGGUGUCCCUUCUGUAACUUCCCAGCUCUACUGGACAGCGACGUGAAGCGGUUCAGCUGCCCCAAUCCCCGCUGCAGAAAGGAAACAUGUCGGAAGUGCCAGGGGCUGUGGAAGGAGCACAUGAACCUCACCUGUGAGCAGCUGGCUGAGAAGGAUGACAUCAAAUACAGGACAUCCAUAGAAGAGAAGAUGACAGCUGCCCGAAUUAGGAAAUGCCACAAGUGUGGGACUGGCCUCAUCAAGUCAGAGGGUUGCAACCGCAUGUCCUGCCGCUGCGGGGCCCAGAUGUGCUACCUCUGCCGGGCUGCCAUUAACGGGUAUGACCACUUCUGCCAGCACCCCCGCUCUCCUGGGGCUCCCUGCCAGGACUGUGCCAAGUGCUCUCUCUGGACAGAUCCCACAGAAGAUGAUGAGAAGAUAAUCCAGGAGAUUCAGAAAGAGGCUGAAGAGGAACAAAGGAAGAAAAAUGGUGAGAACAGCUUCAAGCGGAUCGGCCCUCCUGCAGAAAAGCCCAUGGAGAAAAUCCAGAGGAUUGAAGUCAUCCCCAGACCUGUUCCUCAGAACCUCCAUCAGCCCCGGAUGCCCCCGUAUCCCUUCGUGCACCCUCCCUUCCCUCUCCCUCCUGUCCGGCCCAUGUACAAUAACAUCCCCCUCAACAUUGGCCCCAUCCCUGCUCCCUAUGUUCCCCCAUUACCCAACAUGAGGGUGAACUAUGAUUUUCCCCAGAUCAACGUUCAGCUGGAGCACAACUUGCCUAUGCACUUUGGCCCUCAGCCUCGGCACCGGUUCUGACCUGGUUCUAACAGCACUUGGCCCAGAGUCACUGCAGGGCAAAGCCACCCCAGUAACAUCACCCUCCUUCCUGCUCCAGACCCUCUCAGUUUAGCCAGCUGCAAGGGGACCUGCUCUGACCCAUAUACCUGCCCUGCACCCUUCUCCAGACCUUCUCUGGACCUUUGCCAUCAAACACUUCAACCUGUGCUGCAACAGGGCUUGGUGCUGCAUUUCCAGGGCUCUCUCCCUAUGUUGUGCAUCCAGAUACUUUGAGUUGACAAAGCCUGUUCAGGCAGCUGUUGGGAGGGAAAAUGAGACAUUAUGGAGCACAGGGAUGUAGCCUUUCUUCGGGAACUUUUCAAAAUUCCUGCCUUCCUGCUGGCCAGAGCAGCUGCUGCACAGUCAAGUGAGUCUUGGGAGAAGGGAAUUGAAACUUGGCAUAUGAGCAAGACCUUCAGGAACAAGCUAGCUGGAGUCAGCUGCCCUAGCCUUCUGCCUGCAGAGAGGCACAAGGCUGGAGUUCCCAUGUUCUCCAGCAUCCCUGUAACCUGCUGGCACCUCCCAGCAGAAAGAAAUUGUUCAAAACCAUGUAAAUGUAGCAUUUUUACCAUUUCUUGCUCUGCAAGUGGAGUGAGGGUAUGCAGCAGCCAUCUUGUUGCUGAGAUCUUGGUAGGAAGCCCAGGGCCAUGUUCUGUCUCAGGGCUUUAGCAAGUAGCAGAAGACCUGAGCACUUCCCUCCCUUUGGAGAACUCAAGCUUUUUUUUCCUCCCCCCAACAGUGGGUGCCUCUCAGCUUCCAAAACGUGGCCUUUGCUCUUCUCGUCUGGCAUCCCAGCUCUCCCCCUGCUCCUGGCAGCAGUCCUCAAACAGCUGGUAGAAGCACCCAGAGCCUAAGCUGUGCCUUUCAUUGCAAAAAGCUGUUUGGGCAAACCCCCGGGUGAAGGUGUAGGCCAGUGGUGUGUGGUGUGGUAGAAGAAUUAGGAGCUACCCCUGUAGUCAUGCGAGCAGGUGGUGCUGAGCCAGGAGCCCCCUCAGCUGAGCCCCCUGCAACCGAUGGGCAGCUGUACCUUGUGCUGCAGGGAGCUGGCAGCUUCCUGACUGCUGGGAACCUGUUUCAGCUGACCUGGCUUCAGAAGAGGGUGUGAAAAGGCAAACGUGAGUAUUUCUGGGCUUUAGGGAGAGUGAGGGUUUAGGAAAAGUAAGACUUCCUUGGAAGAAGCAGGGGGUGUAGUCGCUGGGCUGCGGGAGGAAGGGUUGGCACAAAGCCCUUCCCCACAGCCCUUGGCUGUGCUGGCUGGUACAGGCCCCUCUGGAAAAGGAAAUUAUUGGAGUAGGGGGGGGGGGAACCCUUCUCCCAGAAAGACCAGGCCAGCUUGGAGCAGCCUGGCUGUGCUGACAUUCCCCCAGUGGUUUGGUCUGGGCCAUUUCUUGCUCCGUCCUGCUGGGAACCCGCUGGGUGCAUUUCCUCUCCCGUUAUUUUCUCCCCCUCCCAGGUAUCUGAGCAUCCAGGUGGCUUUUGGUUUGAUUUUUCCAGGUAAAACUCCCUCCCUGCCUCCUCCCCCAGGCCCUGCCCAGCCCUGGCUGGCAGAGAUCCAGAGCCAAUGGCUCCUCGGUGUGCAGUGAGCCAUGGGCACAGGGCUGUUGGUGGGAGGCCCCUGGGGAGGAGCAGCCUUCACCAUGAUCUGUGACAGCAUCUGGGGACUGCUGUCCCUAGAAGGGUCUCCCAGAGGGGACUUCCAUCUCCUGUGGAGCUGAGUCAGCUGUUCUCCACUCUGGACUGUUGAAGGUAGCCCAGGGAGUGCUCUGUUCCAGCUCCUCAGGGUUGUGGUCUUUCUAGCAUUGGUGAGCAAAUUGUAUUCUCAGCUGCUAUCAUCUUUUUUUUAAUUUUAGUUAAUUUCUGGCAGUGGUCCAGGGGCUGCAGGAGCUUAUCACUUGCUGCUUUCAGCCAGGUUUAGAUCCUACCAUGCACUGAGCAAUGGCUGCAGGAGCAGAGUGCCCCAUUGGAUCUGGGGAGGGAGGACUGUGUUCCUAGCGAGAAACUGGACCCAGGUCGGGAGAAGCACGAGUGGCUUCCCCUUCCAGAAAGGGAGUCCUGGGGGUUUGAUAGCUGAGAUCUUGUGGGCUGGCUCGGAUGAGCCCUCCAGGCUUUUGGAAGCACGUGCCUUUCCCUGGCAGGGAGGGUGGUCGUGGUUGUCCCCCAGCACCCACCUCUGCAAGGGGUGGGUCAGGCAGCCAGAGCACAGCUCAGCUGCUGAACUGGUGGCCCGAACAAUGAAGCAAGCCUGGGGUGGCCUCUUCCAGUGUCCCACAGAGCUGCGUGGCAGGAAGCACUGGCAAAAAUGGGAGUCUGAUCCCGUCUUUUGGUGCAUAUCUGGAGAUGCAUGAACCAAGCCUGUGCAGAGGUGGAGCAAGUGGGAUGGAGAAGUGUUGAGCAGAGGUGGCAAGGGGGGGUUGGUGUGCUUGGUCCAUCCUUGUGGUUAGGAUGUCUUCUGCUGCUGUGGGUGGUGCAGGGGUCAUGGUCCUGGAGGAGCCUGCUGGAGAUAGGGGGAGAGAGGACUACUGUCACUGUGUCCCCUGCAAAACCACGGGCUAAUUUGUGUAUGAGAGGAGAAAUGGGUGCUUGCUCCGUGAUGGGGAGGCGCCCCUCCCCCAGCGGUGGGCUCAGCCCUCUUCUCAGCCCUGGGGCAACGCGGGGCUCCUGGUGCUGCUGCUUUCCCUGAGGAAACACCGAUUUCACCAACAGUUAACCCCACAGCCAAAGCUUGUGGCUGCUCCUUCCCUCUAACCCGAGAGAACUUGGAGUUGUGGUUUCUGCUGGAGCCAUCCAUGACGUGACUCCUGCAUCCCACCCUCCCUCCAGCCCCGCAGGACUUGAAACCAUUUGUCCUUGGAAAGGUGACAGGGAGGUUGCUGUGCCCAGGCUGAUCCCUAACAGGUACUUCUUAUGGUUAAUUGCAGUGUCCCAUUUUACUUGCCUUAAAGGUGGAGAGAGAAACUUAGUAUUUGCACUUAGCAAAACGUUCUGUUAAAGAAACCCUGUAAAGAUGUGCAUGUUCUGCAACUUUGUAUAACAAUAGCUGAAAAUAAAUAGGUGGUUUAUUAAAAAAAAAAAAAGAAAAAGCAAAAAAAACCCACAACAAAAAAAUAUUUUUCUUUACUUUCUGGUAGGAAACCAUUCAAAUAUUCUGUGUGUAAAAAGUUCCUGUAUUAUAUUGUAAUUUGAAUUUUUGUAAAUAAAUUUGUGCACUCUG